AAAUGUCAGACAAAACAACUUUCUCUGUAGAGGAGCAGUCAAUUAAAAUUGAGCCUCUAGAGUACUCAGUAGAGGACGUUAAUCGUGAUGCUGAAGUUGACCUUAACAGUCCUGGUGGUUUUAGGUCCGAAUCGUGUCCAGGGGGUGAUGAAACGUGUUUAGAAAAUUUCAUGAAGUCAGAAGUGACUAUCGAGGAAGAAGUUAAACAGGAUAUAAUUAAGACACCUGCUUAUAAAUGUGACAUUUGUAAUAGAUCAUUUACAGAAUCUCAUAAUCUAGAAGAGCACAUGGUCGAUCAUAUGCCUAGUCACAGCAAAGAACGUCCUUUCAAAUGCGAAAUCUGUUCCAAAGCUUUCAAACUAUCAAGCACAUUGAAAUCACACAUGUUUACACACUCUGAAGAACGACCCUUUAAAUGUGAUAUAUGCGAUAAGGCGUUUAAUCAAAAAAGCAAUCUAAGAACACACAUGCUUAUCCAUACAGAAGAACGCCGUUUUAAAUGCGAACUAUGCAAUCAGACAUUUAAACGAUUGAUCAAUUUGAAAAAUCACAUGUCCAUUCAUAGUGAUGAACGCUCCCAUGAAUGCGAAACAUGCAAUAAGUCAUUCAAACGAUUGACUACUUUGAAAUAUCACAUGCUCAUUCACAGUGGAGAGCGCCCUUUUAAAUGUGAAAUAUGCAGUCGGACAUUCAGCCAACCAUAUACUUUAAAACAGCACAUGCUUGCUCAUGAAGGAAAAUAUUCUUAUAAAUGCAAUAUAUGUGAUCAGGCUUUCACGCAGUCAAGUGGUCUGAAAAGGCACAUGGCCACUCAUUCUGGAGAGCGCCUUUUUGAAUGUGGAAUAUGUAAUCUGACAUUCAGCCAAUCAUAUAAUUUGAAGAAACACAUGCUGGUACAUGAAGGAGGACAUUCUGAUAAGAAUAAAUGUGGAAUUUGCAGUAAGGCAUUCUAUCAUAAAAGCAAGUUGGCAAAACACAUGAUUACCCAUGAAGCAAAACUCGAACAGGCUGCAGAAAAAUAG